UUCAAUAAGAUACAUUUAUAUUUUCCAAUACGAUCAAUCACGAUCGAUACCUGCUACAUGAAAGAUUGGAAGUAAACCUUUACAUAUAUUUGACUUUUCUGUAGACUUUGGACACAAUCAUGAAUUUAGGAAACUAUACGCAUACUCAGCUUUUGGAGGAAAUGAAUACCUUGUUUGCUAAAAGGGGCGCGCAAACGUCCGCUGUGACCAUAGCAAUCGUAGUUAUUGGUAUCAUAGGAAAUGUAUUCGUUCUUCUUGCCUAUUGGAAUCUUUAUAAAAGAAAGACCAAGCAACUAAAAGGCCGCUAUUUCAUGCCCCAUUUAGCGCUGGCGGAUCUUAUUGCGUGUGCGGUUGGAUCAUUUGUUUUCCUUUUCUUCGACUUUCAUCGACUCACUUUCUUUUCAGAUGUCGGGUGUCGACUGUCGACUUUUUCUGCCUGGUCGACAAACGCAGUCUCGGUGUUGAUGUUACUCGUGAUCUCUGUCAACAGGUAUUUAAAAAUUUGCUGCCCCCACCACCAGCAGAUGACGCUGUUUUGGAAGCGUGCAGCCCUGUUAAUCAUAACGGUCGUUUCCAUUAUUUCAUGCUUGCCAUUUCUUCAUUUGUCGGGAGUUCGUCAAGGAUGGUUAAACACAACUGAAUUUGCUGACGUCAUGGAUUUGCCUCCUCAUUUGCAAAACAAAAGUAUACAUUACAACCAGUGUGCAACGGCAAAAGACAACAAUAUGCUCUGGAAGCUUUUCUAUAAUUUUUUGUUUAUUGUACAGCUUGGAAACAUGGUGGCGAUGAUUUUUCUUUACGUUCCGAUGGGGAAAAUAAUCUACCAGAAAUAUCGAGAGAACAGGGAAUCACGCCCAGUGGAAUACAAGGCUGGUGUUUCUGAUAGCAAAGGAACGACAUUUACCUCCGAAAACACGUCACAAGACGAGAGCGCCGUCCCUAGCACAGAUAUUGCGGAGUCAAGUGACGUCCAGUCUCGAAACGUCACCAAUCAAAUCAGAGCUCGUAAACCACGUGGUCGAAAACAAAAGGCAUGGACUAAUGCCAGAAACAGAUUCACAGUUAUGUUUUUGGUUGUCGUUAUAGUUUACGCCAUUACAAAUUUACCAACUUUUAUAUUUUUAUACGCUUACAUGGAGAGCAGGAGAUUUCGAAGAUAUUUUAUUGGUGAUUCAGACUUCGAGGUGUACAAUCUCGUUUUGUCUCUACCACGUAUUCACCUUAUCAAUAACAUUGUUAAUCCUUUUAUUUACGGAUAUUUCGACUUGACCUUCAGACGAGAGGUCAAGGCUAUUUGUAACAGUAUUAUCAUGAAACCCAAAAAGAUCUGCUGUUCCUGCAAAAAAGUCGAAUUUUAAUUGUUUUACUUAGAAUAACAGUUUCUGAAAUCAUAUAGCGUAUUUUGUAGAAUAAGACGUCUUUGUCCAUGACUGUACCUUAUUAUAUAAAUAAUUGGUAUCAGUGAUAGAUGUA